GACAGCAACAGUAGUCCGACUCUCAAUAAAGGCUUUAUAGCCAGAGUCGGGUCUGCGCGACUUUUAGCAAUAGGAGAAUAUUUACACGAUAUAAACCAAAGUGUGAGUGAAAUAACUGGUGAAGAUGAUGGGAUUAACGACGUUACUGGUGGGUGUGGUGACCGUGAUGAGUGUGGUGGCGAUGCCCGCGGAGAUGCCGGAGCCUGGCGAGCUGGCGUUGCUGCUUAGUGAAGAAGAGUUCGAUGACUACCUAGACAAGUGGAUUGAGCUGGAGCAAGAACGAUAUGGCAACGCUACCUCACUGCUGCAGGCUCGAAAUGGUUGCCAGCUCCGUGUCAACGGCAACCUCGGUCAGCCUCAGCCCGUGUACAUCCACAACAGGAACUAUCCCGUGCCUCGAGGCAACACUGGCAUCAUCCACCUAAACACUGGUGAGGCCAUCACCAUCGCCUGCACUGGCUCCGGGCGGGCCAUUCGACAUCCGCAGAUCUCAUCUAACAACAUUCAAACAGCGACUGCACAAUGUGUGAGCGGCGCAUUGGUGUCUGGGCCCGGCUGGCUCAAUGGAAAUGGAGCCUUCGGUGGACUAACUUGUGACGGCCAUGCCUUCCACAUCGCGGAGUUCACCGACCAGAGAUGUUUUAACAACUUCCGCGUCAUUCGGGUUGGUUUCGUGGUAAACAACGUGUUCUAUCCGAAGUACUUCUCCUGCUUCAAUCCCAACAGACUGGAAGUUCUUUACACGUGGGCCACCCAAAAUCCGUCCCACGCGGUGCACCAGACAGGAGUCGACCGCCCUAGCUGGCUGGCCGGCAGCUUCUUCCCGGGUGUCAACAUUAACAAUCUCUACACUCAGAAUCAUCAGAGGAAUUCAAUUGCUCAGUUAGUAGGGAGUGUAGAACUAGCCAACCGAUACGUUACGAGCACUCAAUUCCUGGCACGAGGUCACCUGGUGGCCAAGUCUGACAUGAUCUUCGCUACCGGCCAGCGGUCUACCUUCUACUUUAUUAACGCUGCUCCGCAGUGGCAGCCGUUCAAUGCUGGCAACUGGAACUGGCUCGAACAGAAUCUUCGUGCUCGCAUCGGGGCUGCAGGGUACCACACGACCGUCUACACGGGUACCUGGGGCGUGACCCAGCUUCGCAACCAGGCUGGUAGGCUGGUUAACAUCUUCCUAAACAACAAUCAACUCCCGGUGCCACUAUAUUUCUACAAGGUGGUGUACGACGCUUCCCGUCGUCAGGGCACGGCGUUCGUGAGCAUUAACAACCCGCACUACACCCUCGCCGAAGUGCGAGCCCUGACGUUUUGCACGGACCGGUGCCGCAACAACAACGCCUUCAACUGGCUGCGGUGGCAGCCCGACCGCAUCGACAUCGGAUACAGCUUCUGUUGCGACGUCAACGAGUUUAGGCGCACCAUUCCCCACCUCCCCGCUUUCACCGUCAAUGGACUCCUAGCGUAAUUAGCCAUAGAAGUAGGUAUAGGUAAUGCGAAUUGACUAAACAUCUCGCUCAUAGCGAUCAUGCUACGCUGCGUGGGGACCUACUUUCAAUGGCAAUGAACUCUUAGCGCUAUCACCUACAAGAAACACAAUAAAUAUUAUGAUAUACGUA